UACUUUAUCUGAUCGACUUUGACAGACUGACGGCUGUGAACAGCAGCAGCUGACCAGCGUCCUUCACUACAGAUCAGCAGGUGAACCUGAACACAAGAACCAGAGUUUAGUUUUGGAUCACAGCUCAGCUUUUAUCUUUUGUGAGGAAGUGAAACUCUCAGACGUUCAGUGUCCCUGAGAAGUGAAAAUGGCUCAGCAAGGAGUUCAGCUGGAUGGAAGGAAGUUCUGCUGUUCGAUCUGUCUGGACCUACUGAAGGAUCCAGUGACUACUUCCUGUGGCCACAGCUACUGCAUGACCUGUAUUCAGACACACUGGGAUGGAGAGGAUCAGAGGAAGAUCUACAGCUGUCCUCAGUGCAGACACAGCUUCAUACCAAGGCCUGUCCUGCUGAAAAACACUAUGUUAGCAGAUUUAGUGGAGGAGCUGAAGAAGACUAGACGACAGACUACUCUAGUUGAUCACUGCUAUGCUGGACCUGGAGAUGUGGCCUGUGAUGUCUGCACUGGGAGGAAGCUGAAAGCCACCAAGUCCUGUCUGCAGUGUCUGGCCUCUUACUGUGAGCUCCACCUCCUGCUUCACUAUGGAACUUUCCUAACACACCAGCUGGUGGAAGCUGCAGCAGAAAGGACUGAGAGGCAGAGAGAGUUCGAGGUGAGUCAACAACAAAUCCAGCAGAGAAUCCAGGACAGAGAGAAAGAUGUGAAGCUGCUUCAACAGGAGGUGGAGGCCGUCAGUCGCUCUGCUGAUAAAGCAGUGGAGGACAGUGAGAAGAUCUUCACUGAGCUGAUCCAUCUCAUCCAGAAAAGAAGGUCUGAUGUGAAGCAGCAGAUCAGAUCCCAGCAGGAAACUGAAGUGAGUCGAGUCAAAGAGCUUCAGGAGAAGCUGGAGCGGGAGAUCACUGAACUGAAGAAGCUCUCACACACAGAGGAUCACAACCAGUUUCUACUCAACUACCCCUCACUGUCACAACUCAGUGCAUCUACAGACUCAUCCAGCAUCGAUAUCCGUCCUCUGAGAUACUUUGAGCAUGUGACAGCAGCUGUGUCAAAGCUCAGAGAUCAACUACAGGACAUCCUGAGGGAGGAAUGGAUCGACAUCUCACGUGCAGAGACUGAAAUGGACAUUUUACUGCCACAACCAGAACCCAAGACCAGAGCUGAGUUCUUACAAUAUUCAUGUCAAAUCACACUGGAUCCAAACACAGCACACAGAAAGCUGGUGUUAUACCAGGAAAACAAGAAAGUGAGAUCUGUGAUAAACGAACAGUCAUAUCCUGAUCAUCCAGACAGGUUCACUGACCAUCCUCAAGUCCUGAGUAGAAAGAGUCUGACUGGACGCUGUUACUGGGAGGUGGAGUGGACCGACACAGGAGUUUCAAUAGCAGUCGCAGACAAGAAUAUCAGCAGAGAAGGAUUUGAAAGUGACUUUACAGAAUAUGACAAGUCUUGGGCAUUAGAAUGUAAAGGCUAUGGGUAUGUAUCCAUUUAUUGUGAAAGCUAUGGGUAUGUAUUCAAACAUAACAGUAUGAGCACUGACCUCACAGGUCCUCGUUCUUCCAGAGUAGGAGUGUACCUGGAUCACACAGCAGGUAUUCUGUCCUUCUACAGUGUCUCUGAAACCAUGACUCUCCUCCACAGAGUCCAGACCACAUUCACUCAGCCUCUCCAUGCUGGAAUAUGUGUGCCUUCUUACCAUUAUAAAUCCACAGCUAGGUUUUGUUAGUACACUGGAGCAGUUAAAUCACUAAUUUGUGGUAUAAAGUGUGUAGAAACAACGUUAAGUAAAAUGUUUGUUGUUGAUGACGUGGUCGAUGUGGUAUAUAUGUGCUUGUAUAUAUGAGCGGUUUGACAAAUGAAGUUUGUUUAUACAGGAAGGAAAAUUGUACAUUGUAGAAGCCUUUACUUUCAUUCUGGGUAUCAAAUUUAAAGUUAAGAAAGGGAUAUAAAUAUUUGGGCUUUUAUGUUGAUGAUCAUAUAGAUUUUAUCAAGGUAUAUCAGCUGUCUCUGUCUGCAGGCAGGUCACCAGGGGGAGUUAUUGGUAAAGUUAAAUCAAUCAGAGACAUUGGUUUCCUUAGUCAGACAGUUUCAAGCUUGUGUUUAUUUUUUGAGGGGGCAUGGGUUCAUCACAUGGGUUAAGUGACGUUUAUGACGUGUUGUAAAUAUGUGUUUGAUGAUCAGUUCUGUCAGCUGGAGAUUUUGUAUCUUUGAGGAAAAAAGUUUCUUAAAACUUAAACAUGACGGUCAAAUGAGAUGUGGAGGAAACCAAAGCUGUGCACUUAUAUUGAAUAUUUCACAGAACAUUACGUUUAUUACAAUUUAUCAAAGAAUUUGUUCUCAGAUUAGAGCUGGUGUUUGUCUGGUGUGAUCUCCAGGAAACAGAAAAUAAUUUGUUGUUGUUUUUAAGUUUCUUGAAUUUUUGUUUGAUGACAGAAAGGAAACAAGAGAGUUUGUGGAUACGAAUGACACUCAGUGACUGACAUGUUUGAAAAAGAGACUUUAAAUCGUCACGAUUUGGUGAAAGGAGGAGAGUCAAAUCCUUGUAUCAGGAAGAGCAGGAUGAUUAUUAUGAUUCUUUAUGAUUAUAUUGUUGUUAUGUUCUUGUUGUUGUUGUGUUAUUGUUGUUUGGUUGCUGCCGUGGAUUCGCUGUGAUUUCUUUAGAUUGAUCUGUGAGCAGCACAGCUGGAGGCUGUUGGACUGGAAUCUCCUACGAUCCCAUGAAGGCACGACACUCAGAUAAAUACAUUCAGUCAUUCAUAGAGAGAAAGACGUCUGAACAGCAGAUUUGUAGCUCAGAGAAGUUGUUGUUUUAAGAUGAACAGAUAUCACCGUGAUUUAUUGUUGUUUCUAUAUCACUGCAUUUUGACUUUUAGUUAAACUGUUUCUGUCGAAGCUGUUUGCUUUUACAUUCAUUCAAUAAAGUUUAU